GCAUCACGUGCCGAGGGCGGGGCUUGGGUCAGCUGACGCGGCGGGUUUGAAGCUGCGCUGGAGGCUGCGGCCAAAGCCGGGAGUCUUCCCCAUCUCAGUCGUGCGGUUCCCGCCAGGGUCGGGCUGGCCCGGCAUGGCGGACCCCGCGGGCCGGAGUGGCUCAGAGCGAGCACCAUUGCUUAGUCCCAACUCUGGUCCUGGCUAUGGGUCCCAAGGAGAGUCCCUACCUGUCAGUGAGGAAGAAGACCUGCGCCGGCGUCUCAAGUAUUUCUUUAUGAGCCCCUGUGACAAGUUCCGGGCCAAAGGUCGAAAGCCCUUCAAGCUGAUGCUGCAGGUUGCCAAGAUCCUCAUUGUCACCAUCCAGCUCAUCCUGUUUGGGCUCAGUAACCAGAUUGUGGUGAUGUUUCGAGAGGAGAAUACGGUGGCUUUCAAACAUCUCUUCCUCAAGGAUUACACAGAUGGGGCUGAUGAUAGCUACGCUGUCUAUACUCGGGCUGACCUCAAUCAGUCCAUCAUCUUUGCUGUGGACCAGUACUUGCGGAUCCCUGAGCAGUCCCUGGGCAGAUAUGCCUAUGUGCCUGGUGGGGGCGGCCCUGGAGCAAAUGGCUCUGCCCUAGCGUUGUGCCAACAGUAUUAUCGUCAUGGGCACAUUGACCCUGCCAACGACACCUUCAACAUCGAUCCAAUGGUGGUCACUGAUUGCAUUGGGGUGGACCCUGCAGAGCAGUACCCUCUGCCCCCAGAUGAGUUCCUUCUGUCCCCUUCACAAGGCAGUAGCUACAAGAACUUCACACUCAAGUUUCACAAGCUGAUCAACGUCACCAUCCGUUUCCAGCUCAAGACCAUCAAUCUGCAGACCAUCAUCAACAAUGAAAUCCCGGACUGUUACACCUUCACCAUCCUGAUUACAUUUGACAACAAAGCCCAUAGUGGGCGAGUCCCUAUCAGCUUAGAGACCAGCACCCAUAUUCAAGAGUGUAAACAUCCCAGCGUCUUUGGGCACGGAGACAACCGGUUUCGCCUCUUCUUUGACGUGGUAGUGAUUCUGACCUGUGCCCUGUCCUUCCUGCUCUGUGCCCGUUCCCUGCUGAGGGGUUUCCUGUUGCAAACUGAAUUUGCCCGUUUCCUCUGUCGCCGACAGGGUCAUGCCUUGAGCCUGUGGGAACGGCUGGAGUUUGUAAAUGGCUGGUACAUCCUUCUUGUGGCCAGUGACAUACUGACCAUAUCUGGCACGAUCAUGAAGAUUGGCAUUGAGGCCAAGAACUUGGCCAGCUAUGACGUCUGCAGCAUCCUGCUGGGCACCUCUACUCUGCUCGUCUGGGUUGGCGUAAUCCGCUAUCUUACCUUCUUUCAGAAAUACAAUAUCCUCAUCGCCACACUCCGAGUGGCCUUGCCCAGCGUCAUGCGCUUCUGCUGUUGCGUGGCUGUCAUCUACCUGGGCUACUGCUUCUGUGGCUGGAUAGUCCUGGGGCCUUACCACAUGAAGUUUCGUUCCCUCUCUAUGGUGUCAGAGUGCCUGUUCUCCCUCAUCAACGGGGAUGACAUGUUCGUGACGUUUGCGGCCAUGCAGGCGCACAGCGGCCUGGUCUGGCUCUUCUCCCAGCUCUAUCUCUACUCCUUCAUCAGCCUCUUCAUUUACAUGGUUCUCAGCCUCUUCAUUGCGCUCAUCACCGGCUCCUAUGAGACUAUCAAGCAGCACCAGUCCGAGGGCGAGGGUGAGGCCCAGGGCAGCCAGCUGCAGGCCUACAUCGCCAAGUGUCAGGACAGCCCCACCUCCGGCAAGUUCCGGCGCGGCAGCGGCUCCGCCUGCAGCCUCCUGUGUUGCUGUUGCACCAGGUACCCCGAUCCUGGCGGGGGGUCCGGGGGUGGGGUUUGGGGGCACGCCCCGGGACCUUGCCUUCCCUACUUCCCACCCUUGUCUUUCUGCUUCUUCCCAGGGAACCCUCGCAGGAAAAUGCCCUGCUCGUGAACUGAGCCGUGGAAAAGCCACGCGCGGCUUUUAGCCUCUCGUGGGAGUGGACUAGACGCUUCCAGCGCCUUAUUUAUGGUUGAAGGGUUUGCUUUUAGGAAGUGACUUCGUGGAGCCGCGGGGACCCCGCCCCCGCAGUGGGACUUGGGCCUCCUCCGCGGGCGGGGGCGGGGCGGGGCCCGGGCCCUUUUUUAGCGGGACUGGGAGACGCGGGGGAACAAUAAAGGAUGAACAC